CUGUAGGCCAAUGAACGUCUCGCAGGAGUAGCUGUGAUUGGUCCAAUGACGAUUGUGGGCGGGGUGUGGUGAUGUUUUGUGAUGGGAUGGAAAAUGGCGGCUGUUCGGAAAGCGCAUUAACUUUAUACCAUACUAGUAAUAACAGCAGCAACAAAGUACGCCCUGUAAUUGCACGACAUUGGAAAUAUUUGAAUGUUGCCUUUAAAUUACGAUUUUAGGUCACGUUGAGUUUUGUAUCGACAAAAGCAGGAGGUAUUUCAAAAAGCUAACAAUAGCUGGACAAGACUUGAAAUAGUGAAGGCAAGAACAAAGCUCGAGUAUUCACACAGUCUGGGUUUUAUCAUGAUAAUAAUGCUGUGUGUAUUUGCACUUCCAUUCAGUUUAAUAAUGUAACUGGACUCUUUAAAUGAGUCGGGCUCCACAUGAAGCUCUCUCUAUGUGAAGUCAGUGAGUGUAGGGAAACCUUAGACAAGGGGCGACUCACAUCAGCGGUAGAUUAGUUGCUAAGGUUGCUGAAAGCUGCAUUGGGUGGACAGCUCCAGUCAUAAUGGAUGAAUCCAAGCCGAGGUACAGCAAGAGACUGCGGGCCGGUACUCGGCGCCGUUACCAUGAUGACGGCAUCUCAGAUGAGGAAAUUGAUGGAAGAAGGAUGUUUGACCUGGAGGAGAAAGUCCACAGUCAGAGGUUCAGCUCUGACAGGGUUCUACGGAUGGACGGAAAAGACUUGACAUACGAGUUUAUCCAGAGAGGCGGUCUUCGGGAGCCAAUCCUCUUUGAGAAGCCUGAUGGACUUGGAAUCAAGAUGCCUGAUUCUGACUUCAGUGUCAAUGACGUCAAGAUGUUUGUAGGUAGCAGACGCAUGAUAGAUGUAAUGGAUGUGAGCACUCAGAAGGGGACAGAGAUGUCCAUGGCCCAGUGGACACGUUACUACGAGACCCCUCCGUCUCAGAGAGAGAAGCUCUAUAAUGUCAUCAGCCUGGAGUUCAGCCACACCAAGCUGGAGAACCUGGUCAGGAGACCUACCACAGUAGAUCUUAUAGACUGGGUGGACAACAUGUGGCCUCGUCAUCUGAAAGAGAGACAGAGAGACUCAACCAACUCUAUUAACGACAUGCAAUACCCCAAAGUACAGAAAUACUGUCUGAUGAGUGUUGAGGGCUGCUACACAGACUUUCACAUUGACUUUGGAGGGACCUCUGUGUGGUACCAUAUACUCAGAGGAAGCAAGGUAUUCUGGCUGAUCCCUCCCACUCCUCCAAACCUUGAGCUCUAUGAGAACUGGGUGCUGUCAGGAAAACAGGGAGACAUUUUCCUGGGAGAUCGAGCAUCUGACUGCCAGAGAAUAGAACUGAAGCAGGGCUGCACUUUUAUCAUACCCUCAGGUUGGAUUCAUGCAGUCUACACACCUGUGGACUCUAUGGUCUUUGGAGGAAACUUCCUGCACAGCUUCAACAUCCCUACGCAACUUAACAUCUGUAAUAUAGAAGACAGAACACGGGUUCCAUUAAAGUUUCGUUACCCCUUCUACUAUGAGAUGUGCUGGUACGUGUUGGAGCGAUACGUCUUCAGCCUGACAAAGACCUCCUACCUCACACCAGAGUUUCAGAAGCACACGCUGGGCAUUGGUCUAAAGAAGCCAUCCUGCUCAGAUCCAACCAGUGAGCAGGUCAAGGAGGAGGAGGAGAGUGGUGGUAGUGAUGAAGAAUCUUCAGAUCAGCAGUCUGACAAACCCACAGUUAAAGUUCAUUUGACUCCCCUGGAGGUAGAGGGAAUGUGGAACCUUCUGGGUAAACUGGAGGCUCUGCCGUCCAACAAGAAAUGUGUCCCAGCAGGCAUACACAAUGCCCCCGCCCUCAUUACACACAUCAAGGCUCUACUGAAGGAACAUGCCAAUGACAAUCCCAAAAUGUCUUAUACAGGAAAACCCAUCGUCAAGUGGCCAAAGAGACCUUCAUGGUACCAGCCUCCUCCUCCUCCACCACCUCCUCCUCGUCCUAAAUUGACCUCCACUCCCAUCAUACCACGGCCACAGAAACCAGCCUCUUCCAUGUCUGUGCUGAGACGGCGCAGGGUUAGGUGUAAGCGCUGUGAAGCCUGUAUGAGACCAGAGUGUGGAGAUUGUAACUUCUGCAGAGACAUGAAGAAGUUUGGAGGACCAGGUAAACUCAAGCAGACCUGUGUGCUACGACAGUGUCUCUCGCCGGGCCUUCCUCUGUCUGCUGUAUGUGAGAUCUGCAAAGAGCCAAAUCAGGAGGAAACGGGAGACCCCUCUCUCACUCUGAUGGAGUGUUCCAACUGUGCACAGAUAGUCCAUCCUGCCUGCCUAACGGUUCAGGGAGAAGGAGUGGUGAAUAAAGACCUGCCCAGUUGCUGGGAGUGUCCAAAGUGUGUCCAAGGGAUCACUGACCCAGAGGCUAAAGGAGACAAAGGUGAAGGCCUUCCAGUGAAGCGGAAAUCCUCCUCCCUGCUGGAUGCUCGAAUGGCUAAGAUUUACCGCCGUCAGAGACACAGCCGCGAUGGAGACGACUCUGCCAGUGAUGACGAAGAUGAAGCCUCUCAGAGAAAAAAGAUGGGUCUCCAUGCCCGAGGGGGGAGCCACUCUACCAGGAGAGGGCUUGGCGCCAACAGGAGAGGCCUGCUGAGGGGAGGCGCAGCCCACAGGGGAAGCAGAGGAGGCCUCGUGACUCCUGGCUCCUCCUCCGUCCUCAAGCUAAAGCGAGGGCUGGGCAUGAGGGAGGUUGGACGUAGGGGACGAGGGGUUAGGCUGAGGGGAGGUUCCAGGAUGCAGCGAAGAGGAGAUGAGUCCGAGGAGUCGGACGACGACGACGACGAUGAUGAAGAAGAGGAGGAGGAGGAAGAGGAGGAAGAAGACAGCGAAGAUGGGGACAAAGAACGACUGCAUCGUCAACGGAGGAGGAGGCGCAGGACUGAUGAUGAAGAUGAAGAUGAGGACAGCGAGGAGCAGGACUUUGACCCCGAAGAGGAGGAGAUGGACAUGCUAGAAGAUGAAGAGGAGGAGGAGGAUGAGGAUUUGGAGGAGGAAGGGCGCUGGGAUUCAGAUCCAGAACCCCCAGUCCUCCUGGUGUCUGAUCUGAAUGAUGACCUGCUGAGUGGCUCCUACCUGACUGUCACUCUACAGCGCCCCCACAAGACCAAGAGACACUCUGGUUCCAUAGUGCCAAAGCUAGAAGCAGCAAUGGGUCUGAGGGCGGCUGCAGUUGGUGUUGGUGGUCAGCAGGGCUUCAUCCAGAGAAAGACGGCUCUAUCCAAACCUUCACGACUUAAGAGUGACGCCACAGCUGACAACGUAACCCCAAGAGGACCUGGCAGGCCACGACUGCGGGGUAACCAUGGCGACAAAGGCACUAGAGAUCACUCUGCGACUUCUACAGAGGAAGAAGAAGCUGCUGCGCCCUCCGCCAUGUCUCCUCCGCCCCUGCUGUCUCUGCCAUCCUUUAAGGAUGUGGGCAACGAGACAGGAGGGGAGAAGGAGGUGUGGGUGUCUGUGUUCAGGUACUUGAACAGAGCCGAGCUGCUGGCCUGCAUGACUGUCUGUAAGGCCUGGUACAAGUGGAGCUGUGACAAGCGUCUGUGGAGCCAUGUGGAUGUGAGCCGGUGCCACCCGCUCAGUAACCAGGCCCUGGCAGGCCUCAUUAAACGCCAGCCCACCUCCCUGGAUCUGUCCUGGACCCCCCUGGCCAAUAGACAGCUCAACUGUCUGCUCACCAGGCUCCCAGGUCUGAGGGAGUUGAGGCUGACUGGUCUGUCCUGGUCCUGUCUGUCAGCACUGGUCUCUCCCACUCUGCCCUACCUGCGGCUGCUGGACCUGCGCUGGUGCGAAGGCCUUAAAGAUGCCCAGAUUAAAGAGAUCAUCACCCCCCCUGGGUCCGAGUCAUCUCGCAGCAGACUGAGGAACAUGGUGACGCUGCGUCUGUCUGGCCUGGACAUUAGUGAGUCCACUCUGAGACUACUUCAGCGCCACAUGCCCCAGCUGGAGAGGCUGGACCUGGCCCACUGCAAGGACAUCACAGAUUCAUCUAUCGCUCUGCUGACAGCAGCUGGGACUCACAGCCGCCACAGCCUCGCUGAACUCACACUGGCAGGUUGCAGUGAGCUGACAGACGGCUGCCUGUCCUACCUGAAGCGUCUUUCCUCUCUGACUCUGCUGGACCUCAGAGGCUGUAAGGGCAUCAGCCGACGUGCCUGUGAUGCCUUCAUCUCUGACCUGUCCCAUGUCGCCCUCUACUGUAUGAUGGAGGAGAAGCUCAUCCAGCGCCUCGAUUAACACAAACACUUUGUUACAACACACACUGUUACGCUGGAUGGAGGUGUUUCUUCUUUGGCCUAAAUACUCAAACGUGAAGUUCAAACUUCUCAUAUGGCAAGACUACAGAUGAGCAUUUUUUUUUUUCAAAAUGUCAGAAUACUCCUGAAACAACUCAAAACUUUUUUUCCCAAAGGUUCACAUUUUUGUAAUAUCUUCUAUCAUUGCUAUAAUGUACAUAUAAUGUUUAAGCAGAAGUCUGAAACAGGAAACCACCUUGGCUUGUACAGACUGACAUAGUACGCACUGUUUGUAAGAGUUGUCUUUACUAUUUUUCAGCAGUAAAAACGAGAUGAUAGAUUUGUUCAUGUUCAAGGAACAAA